GUUUUCCAGGCGUGGACUCACACACACACACACACAGAAGUAUGCACACACACACACUCGCAUAACCAGUAAGCGAGCACUCUUCUUCUUCUUUUUCUCCUCCUCCUCCUCGACACACACACGUCGAGCAAUCUUCUGCCCACAUUUGCAGCUCUGAAGAGUGACCUUCCUGAUCCGAAUCCCUCGCCGCCAUCGCCAUGGAAACAUCAAGCCAGAGACGCAGCACGCGCGGCGGCGCCAGCUCGCCGACACGAAUCACUCGCCUGCAGGAGAAAGAAGACCUGUGCAACCUCAACGACCGUCUGGCCGUCUACAUCGACAAGGUGCGCUCGUUGGAGAACGAGAACGCGGGACUGCGUCUGCGAAUCACCGAAUCCGAGUCGAUCGUCAGCCGAGACCUCAGCGGCAUCAAGGCGGCCUAUGAGGCAGAGUUGGCCGACGCCCGCAAGACUCUGGACCAGGUGGCCAAGGAACGGGCUCGUCUGCAGCUGGAGCUGGGCAAGGUCAAGGAAGAUUACAAGGAGCUCAAAGCCAGGAACACCAAGAAGGAGUCUGACCUGGACGCGGCUCUGAUCCGCCUCCGGGACCUGGAGGCUCUGCUUAACUCCAAAGAUGCCGCCCUCAAUACGUCCCUGGGGGAGAAGCGCACCUUGGAGCUCGAGCUCAAGGAGCUCAAAGCUCAGAUUGCCAAGUUGGACGGUGCCCUGGCAGACGCCCGUCGUCAGCUUCAAGACGAGAUGCUUCGUCGCGUGGAUGCUGAGAACCGCUUGCAGACAGUGAAAGAAGAGCUGGAGUUCCAGAAGAACCUCUACAAUGAGGAAAUCCGUGAGUCCAAGCGUCGUCAGGAGUCUCGCAUGGUGGAGAUCGACAGCGGGCGGCAGAUGGAGUUUGAGAGUAAACUGGCGGAGGCUUUGUCUGACCUGAGGGCUCAACAUGAGGAGCAGGUGGCACUGUACAAAGCUGAGCUGGAGAAGACUUAUAACUCCAAGUUGGAGAAUGCCCGGCAGUCGGCCGACCGAAACAGCCACAUGGUUGGCGCCGCGCACGAAGAGCUCCAGCAGACGCGCAUUCGUGUGGAGGGUUUGUCAGCUCAGCUCAGCCAGCUGCAGAAACAGCUGUCCCAGAGCGAGUCGAAGGUGCGCGAGCUGGAGGAGAUGCUGAGCCGGGAGCGUGACAUGAUGCGGCGCAGAAUGGAAGACAAGGAUCGCGAGAUGGCCAGCAUGCAAGCGCGCCUGCAGCAGCAACUGGACGAGUACCAGGAGCUCCUCGACAUCAAACUCACCCUGGACAUGGAGAUCUACGCCUACAGGAAACUGUUGGAAGGCGAGGAGGAGAGGUUGCAGCUGUCGCCCAGCCCUCAGACGGCCCGAGUGUCGGUGACGCGUACCUCGGGCUCGUCCCACAGCCACAGCCGCCUGCUUCACGCCACGCCCGGCGUCGCCUCCAGCAGCCGCAACUCCUCCGGCGUCUCCAAGAAGCGGCGUCUCAACGACAACGACAGCGACACGUCCAGCGUGGCGGCGGCUGGCGGCACCGUCACCAAGACGCGCGUCGUCCAGCACGCCGCAGCCAGCGGCCGCGUCACCGUCAACGAGGUGGACCAGGAAGGGAAGUUUGUGAGGCUUAGCAACAAAAGCGACGAGGACCAAUCACUGGCCGGCUGGCAGUUGAAGAGACAAGUUGGCGACGGCGACGCCAUUGUCUACAAGUUCCCUCACAAGUACACCUUGAAAGCUGGAGCCACGCUCACCAUUUGGGCCGCGUCGGGCGGUGGAACCCACGCCCCCCCGUCAGAUCUGGUGUGGAAGAGUCAGGACUCCUGGGGCACCGGCGACAUCCUGCAGACCAUUCUCAUCAGUGCCGCUGGAGAGGAAAUGGCCAGCAGAAAAGUGACCCGCACCCUCUUCCAGGAGGAUGAAGACGACAUGGGAGCACACAGCACUAGCGGCGAGAACGAGUACAACCUCCGCAGCCGCACGGUCAUCUGCGACUCGUGUGGCCAGACGUCGGACCGCGGACACGGAAGCCACGGUGGUGGCGGGCCCGAAGGCCUCGUGGGACAUUCCUUUUUUGUGGCCAACAGCCUGCCCAGACAGAGUCGCGUCAAGCCUGAGAACUGCGUGCUCAUGUGAAAGCACACUUGGCACUGCCUCCACUUGCGCAAUCACAUCGCAGGGAUAUAUAUUUUUUUUUCUUCUUCAUUACCAUCCAAUUGUUCUUUUCUUUUUGUAUCUAUCAACUAUUCUGCUGCUUAGAAGGUUGCUUGAAGGUCACAGGAGCUUGCUUGCUGAUGUAUCCACUUCCUGCAUGUGCCACGCUUCUGCUAAUGCUAACACACGCAUCACUCGGUUCACGUUUAAUGCUGUCAAAUGUCAACACGCACAGAUGGUGAACCCCAUUAAAACCGUCCGUUUGUCCCACGUUACGGUUUAUAACUUUGUUAGAGGAGAAUAAACAUUUUUGUUUUAUUCAAUGAACUAGUGACAACUAUGCCCAAUGAUACAUGUGCGGACAUAAAUAUACUUUCAUAAGAAAGUGAAGCCAAUGAGGCUCAUUUGACCUUUUAGCUUCUGACUGCUCAAUCAUGAUUACAAACAAACCAAUUAUUUUUCUCAUAUUUUUUUUAUUUAUAAUUGCGCCUGGAUGAACAGUUUCAUCAUUUCUUCUAUUUUGCAAAGAGUCACUUUUUCCAAUUUCCCAGCCUGACUAUUUUCACCAAAUCUUGAUGACUUUUGGUCCUUGGGCCUGGUGCCACACGUGAGCAUUUACAGUUGUUGCGCAAUCAUUGAUCAUUCUGGCAUAUGAUUUGAUGCCUUUUUUUUGCUGGCUUUUUUAAAACGCCUUUUCCUGCAAAUUAUUUUUUUUUUUUUUUGCAUUGAUGGAACAUUUGUACUGUAAACGAGCAGCUUGUCAGCCAAAGAAAGCAUAGCCGAGCGCUUAUUGGAAAAUACUUGAUGGCUUUAUUUUUCAGUUGCUUUUCUGGUAAUAUUUUGUUGUCCAAAAGUGCCUUCAAGUUCUCUCCAAAAAUUUCUAGUUAACAGUUGGUGUGUAACAAAUGCUGUCAAUUCAAACAUUUUGGAUGAGUUGGAAAUCUGCCAAAGGAAAUGCUCACUGUUUGGAGAUAUCAUGUCUGUCUUCAAAGCCAUAUUGGUCAAUAUUGGAUUAUUUUUGUGCUUCUUUUCCAAAUAAACAUAAGACAAUGUUGUUGUUUCUUCA